AUGGCUCCUCAACCCAAGUCGCCGGGAUCAGCAACUCUGCUGAACCCACACAAAAUCCGCCAAUCGCCCUUCUACUCCCACAUCGCCCAAACAAUCGGCCCAGUAAACAUAGUGAUGUUCGCAGGCCAAAUCGGAGCGCGGCCAGACGGCAGCGUAGCUUCAGAUCCCGUCGAGCAAAUCGAAGAAGCAUUCAACAAUCUUCGCCGCUGCUUGGAAGCCGCCGGUGCGCGCGUGCAGGACAUCGUCAAACUGACGUACUACAUUGUCGAUUUCGACCACACCAACCCGCGACAUCGAAAGCCCUUGCUCGAGUUCCUGGGAGAGCAUAGGCCGCCUACGACUCUGGUUCCCGUGACUGCACUGGCGUUGCCGGAGUUUGUCUUUGAGGUUGAUGCUACUGUCGCUAUUCCUCAGAGUCCACCGGCGAGAUACGAUGUCGUGGUAGUGGGCGGUGGUCUCAGCGGUCUCCAAGCUGCACGAGACCUCCACAGAGCCGGGCUGAGCGUCAAAGUACUCGAAGCUCGCGAUAGAGUGGGCGGCAAGACUUACUCCCGCCCGGCACAAGGCAGUGUCUGCGAUGUCGGUGCCGCGUGGAUCAACGACACGAAUCAGUCCAAGAUGUUUGCUCUGGCUCAACGGUAUGGAUUGGAUCUUGUUGUGCAGAAUACUAAAGGCAGUAUUGUUGUCGAUGACGGCAUUGGCGAAUUCAAAACGCAUCCUUACGGCCAGUUGAAUGCAAAUGAGAACGACAAGGAGCGGAUUGCAGAUAUUGUACGCAUUCGGGAUUUGUUCGAAGAGACGUGUCAAAAGAUCGACAUUCAAAAUCCUGUCGCAUCUGGACUUCGAAUCCGCGCAGACCUCGACAAACUUACAUUCGAGCAGUGGCUCAGAUCGCAUGGCCCCUUCCAUGAAGACGUCAUCAAUGCGCUGGCAGUCGGUACAAGAGCCAUGCUCGGCGUGGAGCCAUCGGAGCUGUCUGCUCUCUACUUCCUCGACUACUGCAAAUCCGGCGGCGGCUACAUGCUCAUGCGAUCAGACACCAAAAACGGCGGACAGUACUUGCGAAUCGCCCAAGGAACGCAAUCCUUCAGCCGAGGACUAGCAGCAGAGUUACCCGACGAUGCCGUUGCCCUGAUGUCUCCCGUCCGCCGCAUCGAGAACAUCCCUGGCGGAGUGCGAGUCUCGUCCGCCAGAGGAGUCUACGAAGCUUCGCGAGUCAUCGUCUCCGUCCCCACACCCUUAUACAACGAAAUCACCUUCGUUCCCGCUUUGCCGCAGAAGAAACUGGACCUCGCGGCCUCGACUCGACUAGGAGAUUACUGCAAGUCCAUAGUCUUCUACAAAACACCCUGGUGGAGAGAACACGGGCUCUGCGGGCUGGCGCAGUCGUCGCACGGCCCGUUCGCCGUGACGAGAGAUAGCAGCGUCGACGCCGACGGGCAUUACAGUCUGACGUGUUUCGUGGUGGGCCAGCCGGCGCGGGAUUGGAUGGUUCUUCCGCGGGAGAAACGCGACGAGGCGGUGCUGGAGCAGAUUCGGAAGCUGUACGGGCCGUUUGCACCGGUGCCGGAGCCGGUGGAGAUUGUGGAGCAGAUUUGGCAGGAUGAGCAGUGGAGUCAGGGAUGUCCUUGCCCCGUCAUGGGUCCUGGAGGCUUAACGCGGUUUGAGCAUGUCCUCCGAGCACCCGUUGGCAGGAUCCAUUUUGUCGGCACGGAAACGGCUUAUGAGUGGAAAGGGUAUAUGGAGGGCGCCGUGCGUUCGGGCGAAAGAGGAGCACAAGAGGUGUUGCUGAGUCUCAAUCGAGCGAAGAUCUAG